CCAUUUCCCGAGAGAAGAGAAAAAAAAAAAAACAAUAACAAAGCAAAAAAACACACAGAGAAAAGAAAGCAAAAGAAAAGAAAGAAACAGAGAAGCAGAAGAAGACUCUCUUCUUUCUUUCUCUGCCAUGAAAUCUCCCUUCACAGCUCAAAACAACAACCAAUUCUUCAUCUCUCCAUCUUCACCAUCAUCAUCAAAACCAUUUACAACAACAACGACCACUGUCACUACAAAUCCUUUGAAAAAUAACCAGAACACCAAUUCUUCCACCAUUACUAAUAGUUACGAACCGCUAGAUCUUCGUCGAAGUCCUAGUCCAGUUGGUGGUGGUGGUGGUGGAGGCUCAGACUCUGUUCCUGGGUUUACGACGUUUUCAAGUGUUUCUGAUGAAUCUCCUCAUCAUCAUCUCAAUUGGAAUGAAAAUCAUCAUCAGCAACAGCAAACUCCUCUUUUACCAUCAGAAGAUUGGGAUUCCAUGAUUUGGGAUUUAGGUAAUACUUUCAAAGUAGAUGAUAAUAAGAUUAACAUUUUACCUCAAUUUGGUCCUUUUUAUGAACCAAACCGCUCAUCUCCUCCUCUUCCUCCUCCUCAGUUUCCAACUUCAUCUGAGAAUCCUCCUUUUAAUUCAUCAUUUCCGGUUGUCAAAACUGAAAUUCACCCAAAUCAUCAUCAAAACCAUAGCAAUUUUCAUCCCGGCGGAGUUGUCGUUGUUGAUUCGAUUGAUAAUAGUAAUAACCUUCAAUUCGAUUGUUCACAAUUAGAUCAGUUAAUUCGAGCAGCAGACUCAGUGGAAUUAAAUGAUUUACAUCUCGCUCAGAUGAUAUUGGCGCGGCUCAAUCAAACAUUACAGAAUCCUUUCGGUAAACCAUUACAGAGAACUGCUUAUUACUUUAAAGAAGCUCUUCAAAACUAUUUGAAUUUGAAUUUGACUUGCAAUGUUUUAUCAUCACCUUCCGAUAUUGUUCAGAAAAUUAGAGCAUAUAAAAUCUUCUCAGAAAUUUCACCAAUUCCACUCUUUGCUAAUUUCACUGCAAAUCAAGCUCUCCUGGAAGCUUCAGACGGAGCUAUGUUUAUUCAUAUAAUCGAUUUCGAUAUUGGUUUAGGCGGUCAGUGGGCAUCUUAUAUGCAAGCAAUUGUCUGUAAAUCGAAAUCUCGUGAUUUCUCAUUUCCAUCGAUCAGAAUUACUGCUAUUGUUCCUGAAGAAUCGUCACUGGAAGCUAAUUUGAUCAGAGAAAAUCUUCAACAAUUUGCUAGAGAAUUAGGAAUUCGGUUUCAGCUCGAAUUUGUUCUCUACAAUUCGUUUGAAAUGUUGUUAUUCGGUUCCAUUAAAUUCAUCAAUGGUGAAAUGAUAGCAGUGAAUCUCUCGCCUUCGAUUUUCCGGCUUCUUUCUGCUUCUGAUUCAAUCGCUGGAUUCUUUCGUUUUCUCCGUCGGAUUUCUCCACAAAUCAUCGUCUUCGUGGAUAACGAAACGUGUAAAGACACUGAAAACUCAUCGUUUCGGAAAAACUUUAUCAACGGGCUUGAAUUCUAUUCGGCGCUGCUUGAAUCUCUGGAUGCUGCGAAUUCUAGCGAUGUUAAUUUGGUGAGAAGAAUCGAGAAAUUUUUGAUCCGGCCAAAGAUACAAACUACUGUAACUGCCGGAAGAAAUUGUAUAUCUUCAUGGCGGGAACUGUUAUCUGGUGCCGGAAUGAUGCCGGUGGCUUUGAGUGAGUUUACUGAGUCUCAGGCGGAUUGGUUGGUGAGACGCACAAAUAUCAGAGGCUUCCACGUGGCGAAACGUCAAGGUUCGAUGUUGCUGUGUUGGCAUGAGAGAGAACUUGUUUCCACGUCAGCGUGGAUGUGUUAGCGGUUAGAGGAGGGGUUUAGGUACUGAUAAUAAUUUCUUUUUGCUCCUUUGGUUUUUAAAAAACUAUCAUGCCGCCGUGUUAGGGUCGGUGUUGCUGUUAAUUAUUUGGUAAUUAGAGUUAUCAGGGACCAGAUGAGUUGUUCUUUUUUGUUCUAUAGUUCUCUAAUCACAUGUUCGGGAAGGAAGAAACUGGAAAACAAUCAACAAUUAGGUCUAUAUGUUUCUCUCUGUUAAUUGUAUAUUUCUCUUCAAGGAAUCGAAAUGCAUCCUUAUAAGUUGGAUGGUGGUUUAAUCAAAAUGAAAUGUUGGUGGUAUAA